CGCUCCGCCUCUCUUGAAUGGCGACGAGUCUCCCAUUUAUCUGAGAAGCCCUUCGAGAAUCGGAGAAUUCCCCUCGCUAUGGCGGCUAAUGCUUCACAUGAGCUCGCUUCCGGGAGCCCUUGCUGCCUCGCGUGGCAAGGGAAGUACCUAGGCAUGAAGAAGAGGCGUGACGCGUGUAAAGAAGCGAUUGAAAUUCUCCAGAAAGCCAUGGGAAUCGCUAAUGACGAGAAAGCAAAUCUCCAGAAAAAACUUAGGGAGAUGGUGGAUAACACGGACGCUAAGGAAAAUGUAUCAGUGGUAAAAGCAUCUUUGGAGAAGGAGAUCUCUGAUUUGAAGUCUGAGAUAUUGUCUUUGCAACAAAAACUGGAACAGAACCUUCAAGCAAAAAGUGAAGAAAUAAAAGUUCUUCAUGAUCAAACUUGUAGCGGAGAAAAGGAGAUGGGUGAACUGAAGAAGCUCCUUAAGAAAGAAACGUUAAGGGCAGAUAAUUCUGAGGAAGAGAGGGAACAGAUUUGUAAAGAACUGAGCAAGACAAAGGCUCUGCUAGUGAAACAUAAGGAUUUCAAGACACACGAUGCUAAAGUGGGAAGGGAAAUAAGUCUGGUUAAAAAUCUUCUUGCAAGCCAGAGGCAGGAGACAGAGUCAGAGAGGAAGAAAGCAGAAUCAGAGAAAAAGAAAGCUGAUCAGUAUCUUUCCGAGUUGGAGGUGCUAAGAACUACAGCUCAUAAAACUAGUUCUGAUCUUCUUACUUUGACUUCCAAUCUUGAGGCUGUAAAAAAGCAGCUUGAGUCUGAAAAACAAAAGACUUUGAGAGAGAGAAAACGUGCCGAUAUGGAGAGUGCAAAAGCCAGGGAACAGAUAAAGCUAUCAGAAGGGUUGUCUAAGAAGUUUGAAAUCAUUAGGACUAGAAAUGAAGAGCUUAAGAAAGAAGUGGAACUGCAGAGCGCUAGCAGCAAAGUUAAGUUUGCUGAAAACUCGGCAAAACUGGAAGAAAAGAUAAGACUCCUUGAGAUUAAUCAAAAAUCAGCAAUGAACUGGAAAUCUCGUGCUGAUGAUCUGACUCAGCAGUUACAAGAGUCACAAUUAGUGACUGAGGGUUUAAAAAAACAGGUGCAAGAGCUUUCACUCUCACAGAACUCCGCCCAGAAUCUGUCAGUUUCUCCACAGAAAGCCAGAGAUUUGGACAAAGCUAAAGUGAGGCUUUUGAAGAAAGAGCUGAAGUUUGAGAGGAAAUGUGCAAAACACUUAAAAAGAGUCGCUGAGUUUGAAAAAAUUCUAAGGGAAUUUCAGGACGAAGAGAUAGUUGGGUUAAAACUUAAGUUUGGUAGUCUUACAAAUCGCAUGAGUCUACUGGGUGAGCAUUUUUCAAGAGACGUUGAAGGUACAACUGGUCUUGCAAAGGCGGAGGGCCGCAUGAAAAUGCAGAUGCUAGAAUCCCAUAACAACCGUAGUGGGAAAAAUCAUUCUGACGCAAGGUGCCAGUUAGUAGCAAGCUCUGGUUCUCAGGAGGAGGCUCACAAGCUCUCUACUCAGUUGCUUGCUAAAUCAAAACAGGGCGUGAGUGGGUCUGUCUCAGGGAACAGAGAAGUUCACUGUUACUACUUCAGCGGAAAUAGCAAAAGAUCGUCCGAAUAUCCAACCAACAAAAUCAAGUAAAAUGAUACCAGGACAAAAGGAAAUCCCUGUUUGGUGGCUGAAAACAAUCUUCAAAGACGUCAGAGAGAUAGCCACGAGGUAGCUAAUGAGCACUUUCUGAAAAGAAAAAGAAUGCCAGAGGCAGUUGAGUCACGCAAGCACAUGUGCCUCUCUACUGCUAAAGGACAUGGAUCGGUAGCAUCAUAUGUGGAGGACGUUGUUGCUAUAGAUUAUAUGAAGUUGCUGGAGUUGGAUAAUCCAGAAGAAGAAAUAUGUUACAAGAUGGCAAGAGAAUCACUUCUGUCCCCUGACCUUCCCCAGGUAGACUUUUUGGUCGAUGAUGUCGUGAAUGAGGACAAAAAUCAUGCUAUGGCACUGGAGUUGGGUACUAGUAGUAAUAUCAUGGAUCUAUGUGGCACCAUAAAUUCUAGUGAAGCUUCUGGUAACACUCAAAAUGCUUCAGUAAAAAUGCCACCUGAGUCAACAACGUUGCAUGGUCAUAUUCUUAAAUACUUUGUUGUGUUUUCAAAUAUGGAAGACCAGAACAGUAUCAUCAAAAUUUUCCAUGCUGCAAACAAUUGUAUUCAGCGAUGCCCAUCAGUUAUUAGAGCACUGUGGGCAGUGCCAGCGAUUCUGUUCUCUUUGAAGAUGGAAGAAAAUCUUUUGGCCCAGGAAAGGGUAUGUGUAUUCCUCUCCUUGCUGCUGCAGCAUUUCUCUGCUGUUUCCUCGAUGAAAAUUGGGAACAUUCUGGAUGAUGAUUCUUGUUCCUGCCUGGAUUCUUUCUCGAAGCAUAUAGCUGGUGUUAUGGCCGAUACUGAAGCUGGAGGUAUUCUUUCUGAAUUUUUGGAAGAGAUCCUUAGUCUUCUUCAGAACCUCCUUUCCGAGCAGAGGGUAUGGUACUCUGCUAAAUCCUCAGAAACAGCUGAAUCUGAUUUAAGCAUCCCUGUGACCAUGAACGGAGAAAAUGUAACUCUCGUCAGCAGAAUCGCUCUACUUGAUCAUUUGGUGGCUGGAAGUGCUAUUUUGGCGGCAAUUUGUACUGCAGUGGACCGUGUUGGAUUUAUCCGUGAAGCUUCCUUUGAAAUCCUGCACAAGCACUGUCGUGAGAAGACCUCAGUGCCACUGACCAUUCUUCAUGUGUUUACUCACAUUGCUGGAGAGAAAAUGAUGUCCUCUAGUGAUCAUGACAUAUCAAAUGCAGUGUUGAAGUCCAUUGUGAUGUUUCUAGAGGAGAAACAUUUUGGUACUGUGGAGGGGAAUGCUAAGUUGCACCUAGGCAAGAACAGGUGUCCGUUCUCAUACAAGUCUUCCUCGCUGGAGGCUAUGUCAUCAAUGCUCAUUGAAAUUGUUCAGGAGUUUACUCAGUCGAAUAAUUUGCAUCAGAGCUUGACCGAUAUUAGGCCGGAAUACAAAAAAAUCCAGUUGGUAAUGGCCAGGGAUCAAAGUGUUCCUCUCUGUGACAUUCUGUCAUUGGUGGAGCUUAUUGGUUGUUACACGGAAUGGGAUUGGACUAGUGAGAACAUUGUUGCUCCACUACUUAAGAUGCUGGGAACGCCAUUGUCAAUAAACCUUACUGUUGCAAUCGUCUCUCUGCUUGGGCAACUUAGCAGUAUUGGAGUGGAUACUGAUGGCUGUGAAAACGAAGGAAUCUCAAACUUGAGGGAGAAACUGUCAGCAUUUCUACAGUGUGAGACAACACUAAAAGCUGGUUUUGCAGUCCAGAUAGCAACUGUGUGCUCCCUCCUGAAGACUCUUCAGCUGGACUUUUCAACCGUCUUUCGAGGCAAAACCGCCAUGCUUCCGGGUUGCGGCGAUCAAAGCUUGUCUGCUUCAGCCAAUCUGUUCACCAAGUGGUUCUCUUUGUUGAGCGACGAACAGAGAGUUUUCACAACCGAGUUUUUACAUUUUUAUGACUAAUGAAGCUUGCAUUGAA